GGGUUCCACUUCAAGUGUUUUUGACCCGACCUGAAAUAUUAACCUUAACUUCCCAAUUGACAAGCCACCAACUGAUCUUGCUCCGGAUCGUUAACAAACCCACGGAUACCCAAUUCAUUCCUCCCCCCUAACUUCCCAACUAAACCUCCUCCAAAAGAAAUGGCCACCAACGCCGCCGCAGACGACGAUGACGACCCCAUCCUGGCGACCUACUCCGUCUUCGUCAAGCCGCCGCUACCAGCGCACCGCAAGCUGAUGGUCCUCCAGCACCCCAACACGCACUCCGAGGACCCGGCGAUGCUCCAAUCCCCGCCCAUCACCGAGAUCCGCCUCAAGCCCGGCUCGGGCAUGAUCGAGGCCGACGUGCCCAUCGACUACGACCGCCAGUACGACCGCCUCAAGGGCAUGGGCUGGGGCGCCGCCCUGCAGAAGUCCCUGGCCGCUAAGGGCGGCGGCAGCCUCGGCCUGGCCGGCGGCUUCGGCGUGGGCGCCGCGGCCGCCAGGACCGCCGGCGCGCGCCGGGGCGCCGGCGCCGACGACGACGACGUCGAGGGCGGCGACUGGGCCGAGGCCGUGCGGGUCGACAGGGUGCUGCGGACGCAGACGCUGGGGGGAUUGAGCGCCCCGGCUUUGGAUGCGAGAUACAUGGUCGGCGUGUUUCAGGGGAAAAACAUCCACCUAACCCCCGUGUCAUCCCUCGUCCACCUCCGACCACAGAUGCACUACCUCGACGCAGCAACCGAGCAAGAGCGCCUCGGCCGCGCCGGUGGCGGCAGCGGUGCCUCGGGAGGAGCGGGCGGCAAGGAGGGCGGCGCCGGCGCCGGCGGGUCCGGCGGGGCGGCGCGGGCGAUCCACAUGACGAUCAAGUCGACGGCCGCGGACGGCGACGAGGUCGUGACGGAGACGAUGGCGGACCGGCUGCGCGCCGUGCAGCUCGAGGGGUGGCGGCGCAUGGAGUACGCCGACGAGGACACCGAGGACGCGUGGAACGCCUACCAGGAGAGCCUGUUCCUGCGGCCCGCCGGCGCGGGUCCCCCUCCGCCCGCCGCCGCUCCCGACCCCGUCGACGCGGACGACGACGACGAGGAGGAGGGCGGAGAAGAAGAUGAUGAUAAGGUCAGAGACAAGGGCAAGGGCAAGGGAAAGGAGAAGGAGGUCGCCGUCGCGCCGGCCCCCGCCGACGUGGGCGGGGCCGCGGACCUGGACGAGCGGGUCCCGCGCCUCGAGACGGACUGGGGCGAGGACGAGCUGCUCCGCGCCGUCAGCGGCAUCAAGGCGACCGACAAGAAGCCCGGCGAGGAGGCCGUGACCGAGCCGGGCGAGCCCAUGGGCGGCGGCGGUAGGGAGAAGGGCAAGGGCAAGGAGGUCGUCACCCCGACGGCGGCGGCAGCGGCCGAUGCGAGGAAGCGGGUCGCUAGGGCGCCACGGAACCCGGCCACGGCGGCUGGCGCGCCGAGGAGGGGAGGGAGGGCAAAGGCGGCUCCCCGGGGCGGCGCGGGUAAUGCGAUGGAGAUAGACUAGGCGAUGGGGUUCCUUUUUGUACGAGUUUUUAAGGCAUCCGGGUGUUUCUUCGUUUCCCUUUCGGCAUUGCAUGGUCGUGGCGUUCUCGAGGGGCAUGAUCUCGGGUGUUCAGGCACCAUCAUCACGACAAGAAGGUGGUGGAGAGAGUUGUGUCGCGACCCAAAUGGUCUUUCUAGGUACUUAACAAGCUGAUACUCUUAUGGCAAACGCU